AGUAGUAGUUGGGUUGCGAAUCUGUUUUUUGAAAUUCAUUGGUUUGCAAGCAGCAACACUGCAAAUAAAAAUGUUCUGAAAGUAUAGUCUACCCUCUGCCAUUCUCUGUAAUACAGUGUGCUGAAAGCAUUGGUAUAUGAGUGUGGUUACGAAGUUCAGUAAAGUUGAUGAGCAUCGACUGAGUCACAAGUGUCGCUCUGAACAGUGUAUAAAUUUAUUGUGAAUUCAUUACCAGCUAUUCGUAGAAAAUAAUCAAAAUAAAGUUAAUGAUAUAAAGACGACAAUAUGAAAGACAGUGAAUUUAAAUGCAUUAUGAUCCAUGGCAAAGUUUAGGCCAUGUUUUAUCAGUUCCAAAGUUAGUGACACAGUAUAAUGAAUUGAAAAUUUGAAUAAAUGCGUCUAUUGAAGAACAAUAAUAAAUACAUAACAUGUUACAGAAAUAAUCUUGUACUCAUGCUAAAAGCAUGUACGAUUGGACGAAGAUUGGUAUAGUAUAAAAAAAGUGACAGAUUAAAACAAAAUUUAGCGAUAGAGUCCACGGUGUUUGAUCAUUUUUCACGUGAGUAAGAGAGAAAGAAAAAGUGAGAGGCAAAGCGGGGGCGGAAAAACGAGAGGUGUGUUCUAGUCUCCACCUCCUUCUUUAGCUGUGAUUUGCAAACUUGCAUUGUGUGACAGUUUUCUAUAUUACAGUCAUAUCCAUGUGAUCAUAUGUCAUAUCAUUAAAAGUGUGAAUAAUUUGAAUAGUAAAUCACGAUUCAAAAAUGCCAGGGUUAAUAGCAGUUAGUGAAUUUGUUGAAGAAACUAGGGAGGACUACAAUUCACCAACCACCUCAACGUUUGUCUCGCGAAUGCCACAAUGCAGACAAACUAUUACAGCUCUUGAAGAAACACUGGACUUCGAUCGAGAAGGUCUGACCAAGUUGAAGAAAGCAAUCAAAGCAAUCCACAACUCUGGAAAUGCUCAUGUGGACAAUGAAGUUUAUCUUGGACGAGCAUUGGAAAAAUUGGGAGAUGCUGCUUUGAAAGAACAAGAACAUGACAUUGGAGCAGCUUUUUUCAAGUUUGCCGUCGUCACAAAAGAACUUAGCGCACUUAUGAAGACUCUUAUGCAAAAUAUUAACAACAUCGUCAUGUUCCCAUUGGAUUCUGUAUUAAAAGGAGACCUUAGAGGUGUCAAAGGUGAUUUGAAGAGGCCAUUUGAAAAAGCUUGGAAGGAUUAUGAAACUAAAUAUGCUAAAAUAGAAAAAGAAAAAAAGCAACAUGCAAAGGAAGCGGGAUUGAUACGAUCUGAAGUAACUCCAGCUGAAAUAGCUGAUGAAAUGGAAAAGGAACGAAGAUUAUUUCAAUUACAAAUGUGUGAAUAUCUUAUAAAAGUUAAUGAAAUAAAAACGAAAAAAGGCAUUGAACUACUUCAACAUCUUGUUGAAUAUUAUCAUGCUCAGACCAAUUAUUUUCAAGAUGGUUUGAAAACAAUUGAACACUUUGGCUCAUAUAUAGCUGACCUAAGCAUUAAAUUACAAAAAAUUAGACAAACACAAGAUGAGGAGAGAAGACGACUGACAGAGUUGAGAAGUCUUUUGAGGAGUUCUGGAUGUGAUAAAGAAUUGAAUGCAAAUGCUAGUGUGGGAUAUUCACUUCAUCAGCUUCAAGGUGAUAAACAGCAUGGAGUCACCCGUUCCGGACAUUUGUUAAAAAAAAGCGAGGGUAAAAUGCGACGUGUUUGGCAAAAAAGGAAAUGUGCGGUUCAAGCUGAGGGCUAUCUUGAUAUUUGUCAUGCGGAUGAGAAUAAACCACCAACACGAGUAAAUUUAUUAACGUGCCAGAUUAAACUGGUGCCUGAUGACAAACGAGGAUUUGAUCUCAUUAGUUAUAAUAGAACUUAUCACUUUCAAGCAGAAGAUGAAAACGAUCAACGUGCAUGGAUGUCUGUACUUGUAAAUUGUAAAGAGAGAGCUUUAUUAAAAGCUUUUGAUGCUAGUGGUAAAGCUGAAGCUGGUCAAGGUAAUCCUAGUCUUGUUGAACUACAGCAAGCUGUAAUACGUUGUGUCAUGAGACUUCCUGGUAAUGAUCAAUGCUGUGAUUGUUCAUCCCAAAAUGAUGCGACGUGGUUGUCGACCAACUUUGGAGUCAUUGUCUGUAUUGAGUGUAGUGGAAUUCAUAGGGAUCUGGGUGUUCAUAUAUCUAGGAUACAGUCUUUAACUUUAGAUAAUGUAGGCACUGCACAAUUAUUGUUGGCACGAUACAUGACUAACCAGGCAUUCAAUGAAGUUAUGGAAGCCACACUACAUCACAAUCUCAAACCAACUGCGACAUCGACAAUGGAAGAAAGAUAUGAAUUUAUAAGAGCUAAAUAUGUGGAUAAAAGAUACGUGAUGAGUACUUGUGAAGAUGAACGAGAUUUAUUAUCAGAUCUUGAACAUGCUGUUAAUAACCGAGAUCUUCAGCAUUUACUUCAAGUAUACGGUGAAAAUGUUGAUCUAGCAGCACCUCUGCCUACUUCAGAUAUUGGCGAAACAGCACUGCAUUUAGCUAUUCUUCGUGAAAUGGGUGGUAGUUUACAUAUUGUUGAUUUUUUAAUACAAAAUAUGCCUACUGGUGGUAUUGAUAAGACUACUGUUGAGGGUGAAACGGCACUUCAUCUUUCUGCAAGACAUGAUCGAGCAGAAGCAAUGAAAUUAUUAUUACGAGCUGGCGCAGAUCCAACCCUUCGUAAUAAACAGGAAAAAACUCCAUUAGACAUUGCUGCGGAAAUGGGACAUCCGACUUGCAAAGAAUUGUUAGGACAUGCUUUGCAACGACAAAAGAGUUUAUUUGAUAAUGUCAAUAUUGAUUGGAAUUUAUCACACGAUGAAGGUUCAACGGAUUUCUCGGAUGAUGAAACGAUAAUUGAAGACAGAAAUGGAUGUUUAACACCAGAAAAGAAAACACGUAGUAGACCACCAUCGUAUGCUGGUGGUGGAGGAUCUGGACCUGGAGAUUCACCUGUUACUCUUAGAAGUCGAAGUAGCACUUGUGAUAGUCUUCAAAGUGGUUCCUCACCUAAUUCUGUAACAAAUAGACAACAAAUGCCACCUCCUCCACCACCACAAUCAAGAAAACCUGUUGUUGUUUCUAAUCCCAUGGCACCACCUGACUAUAGUUUGAACAUUCAUGGUUCAUUAAAAAAGCGAAUUGCACCACCACCACCCCCAGGCACUAGCGGAAAUUCCAUGUUGACAACAGCAGCUCAUUACGGAACUUUACCGUCCUCAGCUACUUUAGCAAGCUCAUCACAUAGUAGAACAACAAGUGAGCCUAUUUUAGCUGGUAACACUCUACACAGUUUACCACAUUCAUUAAAUACAAUAAAUAGCCUACAUCAUAAAAGAUCUCCCAGUGGAGAUUCGUCAGCAAAUCACAGUAUAGACAAAUCUAAUACAUUGACAUUACAAAGACCACGAAAUCCACCCCCACCAGCACCAUCAUCAGGUACUUCAUCUAGAUUAAGUAAUGGUCGUAGUAGUGAAUCUCUCAGCUCGAUGUGCUCUGAACAUGGAAUAGGUAAUCCAGUUCCUCCACCAAGAAAGCGAAGGGACCGAUCCAGACUAGAGAGCUACGCCGAGGAGCCCUCAGCUAUGCUCUCCACUUUGAACCUGCCAAUAACUUCAAGCCUAAAUGGAUUACGUCGAUGUCGAGCACUUUAUGAUUGUGAAGCUGAUAAUGAGGAUGAACUUUCAUUUCGUGAGGGCGAAGUAAUAAUUGUCACAAAUGAACAAACGGAUGAUGAUAAUUGGAUGGAAGGUGCAUUGGAAAGAUCACCAGAACGUCGAGGAAUGUUUCCAAUAAGUUUUGUUCAUAUGUUGCAAGACUAACAUUCAGUUAGUUUAAAUUAGUUAAAUAGUAUUAGUCAUUCCAUUAGUGAUGCUAGCAUCAUAAGCCUUACACAACAACUAUUGGGCCAGAUAUGAUCAUUAAAAAAAUUCAAUAUAAAUUUUUUAAAUUCAUAUUUUUUGAAUAGAUUUUAAAUUUAUUAUAUUUUAAUCAACUUAUUUAUUACAAUGAUUUCUUUUUUUAACAAAAUAAUUAUUAAAUAAUUAAUUUUAAUAUCAUUCAAAAAUUGUUAUAAAAAAUUUUUUAGACAUGUAUUUCUUAAUUGAAUAGAAGUGCUAAUUGUGAUAUCUCAAAUAAUAUUAGUUACAUUUGAGAUAAAAUAAUCAUUAUAAAAUUGAAAUGAAUAUCAAAAUCAACCAGUGUAAGAGUAUUUAUUUGCUGAUGGCAAAUUGAUAAAUAAAAUAUUUUUGGAAUGCAGAAAAAAAAAGAAAUUUAAUGACGUUGGAUUAUUGAAAAACAAAUUAAAGAAAUAAUAGUUUAAACAUUGAAUCAGAAAAAAAAAAUAUAUUGUUGCAUGAAAACGAUAAGUAUUAUUAGAAAUAUUUAACUAUCGGUCGUAUUUCUUUGUUUUUUUUUUCUAUUAAUUAUAAUAUCAUGAUUUUUAAACAUGAAAACUUUAUUAAUACGUAAAAUGUUAAGAUCAAUCAGUCAUUACAGGAUUAAGUAUGAGUUUUGAUAGAUACACUCAAAAGAUGAAUGAUAAUGAUGAUGUUAAAUGUUGCAAAACACAUUAAUGUUGAUUUUAAUUUGCAUGUGUGAGACCAAAGAAAAGGAUUAAUUUAUUAAUCAAGCGGGUUUUAUGGUUAUUCUAAUGUAAAUACAAUACAUAUAUGUCUGGAAAGAUAGUAUGAUUAAGAACGGUAUAAAUAAAGCGAUAAAUAAUAACUUUAUGAUUAAAAAUUUGUUAAUAUAAUCGCGUAAAAUAAUAAUAAAAAAAUAAACAAAGUCAACUUUAGAAUAUUAGAAUAUUUAAUAAAAGAAAAAAAUACUGUUGAAUCACAAGUUAACAGUGACUGAGCACGAAAUAUUUCAAUAAAAUAAUUAUCUUAGAAUAAUUUCUAAAUACAAACGAAUAAAAUAAUUUUCUUAGUGAUUCUAUAUACAUGAUAUUUCAAUUUUUUUUUUUUUUAGUAUUAAAGCGAGUAUUUAAAUUGUGAAUUAAUAUAUUUAACAUUUGUAUGUAUACCUAUUACUAUUAUUAUUAUUAGCAUUAAUUAUUAUUAAAUAAAUUCAUUGUAAUUGUAAAGUUCAACGCUCUACUAUUAAUAGAGACAAGUCAUACUUAUGUAGAUGAUAAGCUGAAUUAAACGGCAUAAUAGUUUUAAGUAUUUGUAACAAAUAAUUAUUAUUAUUACUGGAAAUUCUAUAACGAUACAAUUAGUGAAAUAUUUGUCAUCGUUAAAACUAUGUACUGAGCCUUUUAAAAAUAUACAAACAAAAUAAAAACAGAUGGUUGACUCGUGAGAUAUAAAAAAAAAAAAA